CAAACGCGAGUGAUUACAAAACUUCAAAACAUUUCGGCAGCGGUGCUCGUGAUUUUUUUAAAAAGAAAAUCGUGUAAAAAGUGUGCAAAAUGAACAAAAUUGCGGUUAAUUUGCUGGCCAGGGUGGCGAGCUUCCGGGUUCCGCAACAGUCGUACCACGUGCUGCGGAGGAACUACAGCUUCAAGAGUGAUCUUUCGUUGGACAAAAUUUAUCCCUCGAGCAAUCUGCGGCUGUACACUCCACCUCCGCCGCAAUCAACCGACUCCAAAUUCAGCGGAUUCAUCCCACUGGACAAGCUUGAGGUCACCUACAGCCGAAGCAGCGGUCCCGGUGGACAGAACGUCAACACUGUGAGCACAAAGGUGGACAUCCGGUUCAAGCUGGAGGCGGCAGACUGGCUUCCGGAAGCUACCCGGAAACGACUUGCUGAAUUGCAAAAGGGUCGCCUCACCAAGGACGGCUACCUGAUCAUAAAGAGCGAACUGACCCGCUCCCAGCAGAUGAACAUGGCGGAUGCGUUGGAAAAGCUGCGCACGUUUAUUCGGGAGGCGGAGAAACCAACCACGGUUGAGCUGUCGCCGGAAACGGCCGAGAAGCUGCGCCGACGACACGAGAAGGCAGUUCGAGAGCGGUUGGCGGUUAAGCGGAACCGAUCGGCCACGAAGGCGGAUCGACGAGCGCCAACUUUGUAGGUUGAUUGGGAGGAAAUUUUGUGUAGAUACGUCGAAUUGGAUGGAAAUAGAGUGCGCUGUGUGCAGUUAAA